GCUGUACAAGCAUGCCUUUUAUAUUUACUAGUGACUGAGAGAGAGGGAGAGAGGGAGCAGCUGAAGGCAGAGACAACUGGUGUGCACGGCUUUCCCAAGAGGAAAUGAAAAGAAAGAAGCUCAGCGAGGAGAGUGAAUGAGUGAGCGCGAGAGAGGAAGGGUGGGAGGGAGCAUGCCGGCUGGAGAGAGGGAGAGAGAGAGAGACGUAGUGAGGGAGAGAGAGCGAAAAAGAGAUUCUCACACUGGCUGUGUCCUAAUCCGAGUCCAUCUCCAAGAAGCAGCGGAGCAGAGUGUUGGUGAACUCGAGGUGCCGGUGGAGGUGGUGUGGUGGGGGGCCACCGCCAGGGCAGGGCAGGGGCUCCGGAGAGGAAAAGAAGAAGGAGAAGAAGAAGAGGAGGAGGGAGACAAAGUGGAUCAGAUCAACAGCAGCAGACUGAACGCAGGAAAUGCUCGUCAGGUCUGAGUCUGUCACAUCCUCAGCCAAUCAGAGCCUUCGUUAACAGCGGCGUCGGCACGUGAUUGGGAGAAGGAUGGCAACCAUGCCGUUUGUCAGCGAGGGGAAGUGUGUGAGUGUGGAGUGGGAUUUCCUACAAGGACUACUGGCCAAGCCACCCACCCUUCCCUGUCUCCAGAACCUGCGUAAAGAGAAGUCUCGCAAUGCGGCUCGUUCACGGCGGGGGAAGGAGAAUUUUGAGUUCUUUGAGCUGGCAAAGAUGCUGCCUCUGCCCGGAGCCAUCACCAGCCAGCUGGACAAGGCCUCAGUCAUCCGGCUGACCAUCAGCUACCUGCACAUGCGCACCUUUGCCAGCCAAGGAGACCCGCCCUGGAGCCCUCUGAGGGACGUAGACAGCAACUGCAGAAAAGGUGAGAAAAAGGGAAAAAAACAGUAAAGAAAUACUGUGAAACAAACUGCUUUGGUUCACUAAAGUUCACUGUACAUGAAAUAGAUUUUGAUUCCAUUUGUAAUAUUGCUUUUUUAGAACCAAAGAGAGGAUGUAUCAACUCCUAAAACUAGGUGUGUACUGACAGAACAUGAAGCAAAUUCUUGCCUUGCAUCAUUAGCACAGUUCUGACCACUGGACCGUUUGUGAUUUGUUGCCCUAAACAGACAAUUCACCAACUGUACGUUAGCUGUAAGCUAGCUAGCUACGAACGCACUGACCGUGUCUGACUGAGUGUGCCUGCGUGUUUGUGUUCCGCUCAGCCUCUUACUGCCAAAAUCACUGCUUCUCCCUCCGGUCUUUAUCCUUCUUCAUCUCGUCUCUGUACGUUCAUGAAAUAUAGAUAUAAAGCCUCGGGAUACACUGCCAGUUCUCACUCGAGUUACAACUACUUGCACACACUUGGCUUUGCGUCAAUCAAUCGCAUCUUUCCAAUUACUUUGUAUGCAAACAAACCCCAAUAAAAUUUGAUUUGAUUUGCAUUCUGUCUGAACACCCAUUCAGUAGGAAACAGUUAUAUCUACUAUUGAAGACACUGAGGUCAUGUCCUCAUUACUCCCUCUGAGAAUCUUUGUGUUGGGUAAUUCAAUUUCUGUGAAUAAUUGCAUAAAAUAUAAAAAAUCCAAAUAAUACAAGCCUUUUAUUGUCUGCUCAAACUUCUCUUGGGGUGGGGGAGAUAUGGACUCAUUUUUUUUAAAUCCUGCUUACAGCCCUGGUAGGAAAUAUUUUUUAUAACUUGUUCAAUAUUUAAACUUUUCAUGGACUUUGACAACGUGCAAGUAUGCAGUGGUAAAUGAAACAUGGUUGAAGGAUCAUUUCUAAACUAAGGAAGCUUGUAAGAAAAAAUACACGGCAGAGAUACAUCUGCUGAUGUUUGUUGUCAAUGGACAGAAACCGCUGAAAUUCAUGCAUCCAUCUCAUAUAUCUCUGCCGAUCAAAAGCAAUCCUCAGCCGCCCGAUCCAAGUCCAUUUACUCCCGCUCACAGAGACACCCCACGCCACAGAAAAUCCAGUCCUCUAUUGGCGACCGUAAUUGCUUGUGCUGUGUGUGUGCGACACAAACAUAAUGUUCAUUCUGAGGCCUGUAAACAUACAUGUGCAUAUAUUACAUUACAUUACAUUACAUUCAUAAAGACUCUCCAUAGGCUGGUGUGAGAUGAAUGGGUGUGAGAUCGAUGUUACAGAAAGAGGGAGGAAACUAUUGAUGUGAUUUGUAAUUACAGAAAUUAACUAUAUAACGAGGACAGUGUAAUUAUACAGCCUGUCUAAUUGCUACUAUUACUGAGGGGAAAUGAUGCAGCUACCGUACAAUUAGAGGUGUGUGUUUGUGAGUGCGUCUGAGUGUGUUCCUGCCUGUUCUUGUCGAAUUGGAGGUAAUGUGAGCAAAAAGCAGUCAUGUUAAUAGCAUGUUUUGUGUGACUCAGUGGGACUUGCUUUCACACAAUAUGUAACACACACACCUGAUAAGACACAAUAGUCUUAAUGGUAUAAUAAGUUGGGCUGCGUAUAAAUAGUGGUGCCAGUGCAAUACCCGAGGAAGUGUGUUUAAAAACUCGGGGUGUAGAGUUUGAAAGACAUGGUAUUUACCAGACAGGGAUUCUCUAAAGGAAAGACGCUAUUGCUGCAUUAUGGGAAAUGUCAAUGUGAAAGUGAGCCAGCAUGCACGAUACCAGGACCCUGAAACUGAAUCAGCU